AAAGAAUGGAAAGGCCAAAAGAUCAUACAAUAUACUUUAGAACCUAAGACUUAUUGCCCACACUGUCAUGAUACAACCCACCUGUUUGAUAUCCACGCAACUUAUGAUGAAAAUUCUGAUAUACCUACAAGUUAUGUUAGAAUGGACACCGAAAAAUGGAGAUCAAUAGUUCCUUUUAAUAUAACAAAGCUCACCCCGAAUUCAACAUUUAUUUCGUUUAUCGCUUCUCAUUGGACUGAAUUCAGACGUGGAUUUAUUCCAAAUCUUGAGAAACAUAUUCCUGUCGCAUCAUUCGGUGGUGUCUAUCAUAACACCGAUUGGUAUCCUGAAUGCUUAUCUAAAUCAAAGAAAUGUAUCAUUUCUAAAUUUCCUUUUUAUCUUGCAAUUGAAAAUUGUCAAGAAAAAGAUUAUUCUACUGAAAAGUUAUGGGAUGUGUUUAGUUUGGGUGUCGUGCCCGUUAUAUGGGGUGCGCCUAAUACUC